AUGAAGGUGGGCCUAUCCGCUGCGGUGGCGGUUGCGCUCCUCGUCAGCCUAGUCGCCGCUGGAGCCCUCGACGCCUCGGCCCCCAUUCCCGGCUUCCGCCCGCCCGCGGUACCGCUCGUCUUGAUGGACCCCUACAUGAACGUGUGGCUCCGCGGCACCAACCUCACCGACACCUGGGCCACGUACUGGGACGGCACUGUGAAGGCUCUUGUUGGUCUGGUCCGCAUCGACGGCACGGCCUACCGCUUCAUGGGUCCCGAGGGCGAAGCCGGCGGCAACCUGCCUCAGCCCAUCCAGCAGCUCUCCAGCACCGUCUAUCCGACCCAGAGCGUGUUCACGUUCGGCGCGAAGGGCGUGGAGCUCACGGUGACCUUCACCACGCCUCUGCUCACUGACGAUAUCGAGGUCAUGUCUCGGCCCGUGACCUACCUGACAUUCUCGGUCCGCUCAACGGAUCACGCGUCGCACCGCGUCGAGCUUUACUACGACAACACGGCCGAGUGGUGCGUCAACACCGUCGACCAGUUCGUCGAGUGGAAGCGCUUCUCCGAUUCGAGAACGCUCGAGGUAAUGCGCAUCGGCACCUCCGCCCAGCCCGUCCUGCAGCGCUCUGGAGAUGGCGUGGGUAUCGACUGGGGCUACGUCUACGUCGCCACCGAGAAGAACGACCCCAAGCUCCAGACCGUGAUCUCCGGCGGGCUCGAGUCCCGCAACCAAUUCGUCAGCUCCGGGGCUCUGCCGCCUAAGGACGACACCCGCAUGCCGCGCGCGGCCAGCGACGAUUGGCCGGUGAUGGCCGUCCGAUGGUCGCUCACCACUGGUCCCUCCGGCGAGCCCGUGAGCCGGUACCUCAUGCUGGCCUACGACGACCGCUUCUCCAUCAAGUGGUUCGGCACCCCGUUCCCGCCCUACUGGAACCGCAACAUGCGCCCCGACGCCGUUGAGAUGCUGGAGACUGCUGCUCAUGACUACACCAAGCUCAUCGUUCGCUGCACCACGUUCGAUCGCUCGCUUGUCAACGAGCUGGAGCAGGCGGGAGGCCAGAAGUACGCCACGAUCGCCGCGCUGGCCUACCGCCAGUGCGCCGGCGGCACCAAGCUGGUGUGGAACACCAAGGAGAACAAGCUGUGGUACUUCAUGAAGGAGAUCUCGUCCGACGGCGAUCUGUCGACGGUCGACGUCAUCUACCCGGCCUCGCCGUUCUUCCUCCACUUCAACCCGGAGCUCCUGCGGCUCCUUCUCGUGCCGCUGCUCGAGUACGCCAACAACGAGACCUCGGUCCUCUACAAUUUCCCAUGGGCGCCUCACCACCUCGGCGAGUACCCGAUUGGUUACAUUCUGCCGAAGGACCAGGAAAACAUGCCGGUCGAGGAGACGGGCAACCUGUUCAUGAUGAUCCUCGGAAUCGUUCAGCGCCAGAAGAACGACCUGACCUGGCUGUUCCCUCGCUACUCGAAACUGUUGGAGAUGUGGGCGGGCUACCUGGUCGCUUCGCUGCCCGAUCCCGGCAACCAGCUCUGCACGGACGACUUUGAGGGCCCUUCGCCUCACAACGCCAACCUGGCGGCCAAGGGCGUCGUCGGCUUGUCGGCCUAUGCCAAGAUCCUGGAGACUGCAGGCAACACCACGGUAAUGGCCGACGGACCCGAGACUGGCGCAUUCUACUACCAACGGCUGGCCGAGAAGUUCAUGUCGCAGUGGAUGCAGCUUGCGGCCACCAACGCCACGGGCGUGCCGCACUACAAGCUCGAGUACGACAUCGCCGAGAGCUGGUCCCUCAAGUACAACAUCGCGUACCAGAAGUUCGUGGGGCUCGACAUCUUCCCGCAGGCGGUCAUCAAUACCGAGCUCAACUACUACAUGAAGCAGAUGAACACCUACGGCGUGCCUCUCGACGUGCGAAGCGAUUUCACGAAGCUCGACUGGGAGUCGUGGGUGGGCGCCAUGUCGGACAACAAGGACGACUGGACCACCAUCAUCGACAAGAUCUACCUCUUCGCCGACACCACGCCCGAUCGCAUUCCCCUCACCGACUGGUACUGGACCUCGACCGGCCGCUUCCGCGGGUUCAUCGCCCGGCCCGUCCUCGGCGCCGUCUACGCCAAGCUCCUGCUCCACCAGCAGCAGUAG